GUAAUUAGCAUGAUCCACCACACAUGAUGCUACAAACCAACCUAAACCCCAUACAAUGAUACAAAUCAUCCAUCCAAUUCAUUCAACCAGCAUUAACACUCCACAACUUUUAUCAAUUCAAAAUAUAUCAAAAAUGGUUACUCUCCAACUGAGCUCUUGUGGUUCAUCUUUUUGCUUCCUCCCAUUUAACUUGAUCAACUCCAACAUUACCAGCUCCCAUUCAACUCUCAGACCUUCCAAGCCGCUCAUCAGUUUCUCCAGAGCAAAAAUUAGAGCAAUUAGCACAUCCCAAGAGAGCCAAUCCGAAGCCGUUCAACCCCAGCAAUCCCCUUCCGUGGAUUUCGCAUUCGUUAAUUCGGUUUUACUUCCUGACCAGACACCAGAUGUGCAUCUUCGUCAAGCCUGUGGAGGGCAGAAACUUAGGAAUAUAAUGCUGGAUUCAAAUAUCGAUUUGUAUGGACCAUACGGUAGAGUUCUGUUGAAUUGUGCUGGAGGAGGAACCUGCGGGACAUGUAUGGUGGAGAUUGUUCAAGGAAAAGAGCUGUUAACCCCUCGCACAGACAAAGAAAAGGAACAUCUUAAAAAGAAACCAAAAAAUUGGAGACUUGCUUGCCAAACCACAGUUGGGAAACCUGACUCCAGAGGGCUGGUUGUUGUCCAACAGCUGCCAGAAUGGAAAGCACAUGAAUGGAAAUACGAAGAAGUCCUAGUAGACCAUUCACAGUCUUCAUAAGACAUUUUUGCCUACCAUUGUAAAUUUCAACAAAAAAAAUAAAAAAAUAAAAAAUAAUCCAGUUUAAAAUUAUAGAGAAUUUAUUUGAAUGGAAAUGCAUCAUCAGUGUAAUUAGUUAUUACAGGAUAAAAUUAUUUCUUCAGUAUAGCUGUUGUCCACUUGUCCCCAGUAAAUAAUGCUUUAAUUUGCUAUA